AUGCUACCGAUUUAUCUUGUCCCAGUUCAGUGUUGUGCCUGCUGUACUUCAAUUGUUGCUACUGAUUGCAGCAUUAAUCUUUCCGACGUUAGUGUUGCUGGAAAAAGUUGCCAGAUCUGCGCUCUGCUCCUCCGUACAAUUCGUGCAGUUCACCGCCACCCUAAUGAUGGUGAACUAAAUGUUCAAAUCGUUCGGGAAGGGUCAGCGUUGAAAAUUGGAUGGGACGGGCCUCAAAUUCUUAGGUUGUAUUCUGAUUCAGCACGUUUCGCGCUACUUCGCGCAUGGCUUCGCUGGUGUGACGAGUCCCAUGAUUGCAACAGACAUUCCGGGACAGCAUUACCGACUAGGCUCCUCCACAUUGGGGACCCCGAUAUCCUGUAUCUUUAUUGUCCUAAGGAAAAGGACAUAAUCAGAUACGCCGCGUUGUCCCAUUGCUGGGGCGAACACCCUCCCACAAAGGACAGUCCUCGAUUCUGCACAACCGAUGACAACAUUGAAACACGACUCAAAGGGUUCAGUUUCUCUGAACUACCAAAAACAUUUCGGGACGCAGUCCGAGUAACUCGGGAGCUGGGUAUCCAAUACCUCUGGAUCGACUCACUGUGCAUAAUUCAGUGGAACAAGAAAGACUGGGAACAUGAGGCCACGCGUAUGGAAGGCGUCUUCGCUUCGGCCUACUGCACAAUCGCCGCAACUUCGGCUGUUGAUUCGGAAGCUGGAUUCCUUACGCGGAAUGUGAGCAAUGAUUACGAUUUCGACGACCACGUCGAGAAGGCUCGACUCAGCACGCGAGCAUGGGUAUUGCAAGAAAGGGUUUUAUCACGACGAACGAUCCAUUUCAGUGACAAGCAGAUGUACUGGGAAUGUGGUAAGGGGGUGUACUGCGAAACCCUUACUAGACUAGAAAGCUCUGCCCGAAAGACAUACUUCAUGCUCGAUCCAAAGUUCCCGGACCGGCUCUCCGCAUCAGGCGUCUACCGUACCAUGGAAUUCAUUCAUUUUCUUUCCAAAGUCUACUCGAGGUGUCACCUGACAAAUGAAACCGAUAGAUGUGUUGCGAUGUCCGGGUUAGAAGCCCGUAUUGCACGCGCUAGAGGGUGUGAAAGCAGAUAUGGCAUCUUCGGGGAGUUCUUUCACAGGAAUCUCCUAUGGCUGAGGUCUGACGGGGAAAAGACGAAGCGGAUUGGGUACGAACCCGGGAUUGUGCCAUCUUGGUCAUGGAUGGCAUAUGGUGGACGUAUACAUUUCAUCGACGUUCCUUCCAUCGGCGUUCGUUCCAGUGAUACGGGUUGGAAUAUCAAACUCCAAUUUGAUAAGGAGGAAAAACAUGCCUUGGUCACCGACAUAGGAGUUUUCCGGAACUGUAUUCUGGAACAAAGGGAUAUAAGCUACGCAGUCUUAGACUCGAGCAAAGCAGAAAGAGGGCGGGUUUGGUAUGAUAUCGAGGCGAAUGGAGACCUUUACACUGAGCGGUGUGUUGUUGUUGGGAGGGAGUCUGGUGAGUCUGGUGAAAAUGAGCGGUGGCUGAGGAAUAAGAAGUACUACAUAUUGGUUGUCAGGCCGACCAGUGUGGAUAGCGAGUAUGCGAGGGUUGGAGUUGGAUGGAUUCAGAGUGACUACGUUGCGAGGCAGAGGCUCAACGUGCGAGUCGUGUGA